CCCUCCUCGCCCUCAAUGAAUCUGGGAGAGUCUUAGCCAAGAGGAGCUAAUGCCUCCACGGGCGGAUUUAUUUGGGUUAUCGUGAAAUUUGUACAGAGUAGGGACAACAUAGUUUAAAAUAAUACGUUUUUAGUGUGUUUUUUAACGGGUGGGUUUUAAUCAGCCCGAUUUUUUCCAGCCUGUCUUCGACUCCAGGGAGAGUUUAGUUGUCUGGUCGAUCGUAAUGUGGCUCAGGGGCUAAUCCUUGGACUUCAUUCAAUACUAACUCAUCUCGAGGCGCUACGUUGGCGCCAGCCGAACUGAUUUAACAACCAGACGGGAGAAUGACAGAAUACAAGCUGGUCGUUGUUGGGGCUGGUGGUGUUGGGAAAAGUGCACUGACCAUCCAGCUCAUUCAGAAUCACUUUGUAGACGAGUAUGACCCUACUAUUGAGGAUUCUUACAGAAAGCAGGUUGUAAUUGACGGAGAGACAUGUUUGCUGGACAUCCUGGACACCGCAGGUCAGGAGGAGUACAGUGCCAUGAGAGACCAGUAUAUGAGGACAGGAGAGGGCUUUCUGUGUGUGUUUGCCAUCAACAAUGCAAAGUCCUUUGAGGACGUACAUCUUUACAGGGAGCAAAUAAACCGUGUCAAAGACAGUGACAAUGUCCCGAUGGUGCUGGUGGGAAACAAAAGUGACCUGGCCUCUCGUACUGUAGAGACGCGUCAAGCCCAAGAGCUCGCCAGAAGUUACGGCGUCCCGUUUGUCGAAACAUCUGCCAAGACGCGACAGGGAGUUGAAGAGGCGUUUUACUCUCUGGUGCGGGAGAUCCGAAGAUACAAGGAGACGAACCGCAGCAAUAAGAAAAGCAAAAAACAUACACCGAGACGUUGCACUCUUUUAUAGCACUGCAUCCCCUGGGAUUAGCCAUACACACACACACACACACACACACUACUGUAGCAUUACACACACAUACACACCCCAUUUCCUUCUCUUACCACUCUCUUUUACGCCACCAGCCUUUGAGGAAUAGGAAGCUGACUGGCUGUUUGUAUGUAUGUGAGCAUGAGACCUCAAUGAGAAUCGAGCCACUGUGGAAUUGAUUUGGAAAAGACAUUUUUUGAUGGGACUAUCGAACUUGGAUAAAAUAGUCUCGAGUGGACUCAUCAACCUUAUGCUGCUGCUUCCCCUUCUGUGCUAGGAGGACCUGAUGUGUGUCAUAGUUCUACAGUCAUACUUCAGAAUCAAAGCAGCAAGGAACUUUGACAUUUACAACAAAUUAAUGAGGUGGUGAAGGGAUAUACUUUAAGUGGGUAAUGGGUAACUCUUUCUAAGUAAGCCUGAUCCUAUCUCAUCUCCUCAAAACUUCAUAAGCCAAUCAGCAUAUCUGCUGGGUUCUGUUAACAGUGGUUGGGAAUGAGGAAGCUCAGAAGUCCCCUGAAGUGUUUGUGGCCUGUGGGAAAGCACUGUAGAACAAGUGGCCACCGCAUUCAAAACCACUGAUACAAUGUUUUGUACUCCUUAAGAAGUAUUUCCACCUCAUUCAAUGUGAGAUUUAUCUAAAAAAUAUUUUCAGUUUUCCACCCGGUUUUUCUUUGCAUUUGUCAACAUCCCAGAAUCCAUUUCUCCCUAGAUUUUUAUUGUUCUCAUGGCUUGGACUAAAACUUAGCUGUCCUGCACCUAAUGUAGCCCUUCUAUAAUUAUAUAAUUCUGAAAAAUCAAGCUUGCUUUUUUAUUUUUCCCAGUAGUAUUUUAUGGUAAAGUCUUGUAUUUUUGUAAAAGAUAAUAUUGAACCAUUUCAGUACACAUACCAACAUUGUAUUGGACAUUAACAUUUCAUUUAUUAUGAUGAAUUGUGUAAAAUGCCAGUAGUCCCUACCUGCAACGAGGUUUGGUUGGGGAGGGCAAUAUAUAUUUUUUUCAGUUUCUCUAUUUUUAUUUUUAUUAUUUCUUUUUUUAGAUUGACAGGAGAGAUGGUAAUAGUUUUGGUUAAGGGUAAACAUGUGACCAAAGCUUGUGAUUGAUGCAUUCCCUUUGCCACAUUGAUAACUGUAGUUAUGUUUUGUGAAUAAAGAGACUUUUGGCUA